AUGACAACGGAGAAGCAAGGUUGUGGGUCUCUUGCUCCUCUUUUACCUGUGGAACAGGAUGAAAGGUCAGGGGGAGGAGGAUCAAUUUCUGGUGCUAUAUUUAAUAUCUCAACGGGAAUGGUUGGUGCUGGGAUUAUGUCUAUCCCUGCUACUUUUAAGGUUCUUGGGGUGAUUCCUAGCUUCUUUGUUAUCCUACUUGUGGGAUACUUUGUUGAGGUGACGGUUGAUUUCCUGUUGAAAUAUACACAUUCAGGAGAGUCGGAUUCUUAUGGUGGCCUUAUGGCUGAGUCUUUUGGAAAGUUUGGUUCUGUUGCUCUACAGAUUUGUGUUAUGAUCACUAAUCUUGGUGCCUUGAUUAUCUACUUGAUUAUUAUUGGGGAUGUCCUCUCAGGAAAUAAUUCUGAUGGAUCAGUGCACUUGGGUACUCUACAGGAAUGGUUUGGCAUCCACUGGUGGACCUCGCGGGCAUUUUCAGUUCUCGUUGUUGUGGUUUUUGUCAUGCUUCCAUUGCUCUCUUUAAAGCGCAUAGAUUCACUGAGACAUGCAUCGGCAAUAUCAAUCCUCCUAGCUGUGCUGUUUGUUGUCAUAUGCUCGAUGAUGGCAAUACAUGCAAUGUGGGAGGGGAAAACACAAAAGUUACGACUGGUACCAGAUUUCUCACAUGGAGUUUCCUUUUCUGAACUGUUCACAACCAUUCCAGUUUUUGCUACUGCCUUUGGAUGUCAUGUUAAUGUUCAUCCGAUCAGAGCUGAGCUGGGAAGGCCAUCUGACAUGACAUCCGCUGUUCGCAUUUCCUUGAUAUUAUGUGUUGUCAUUUACUUUGCUGUUGGAUUCUUUGGGUACCUAUUGUUUGGGGACUCGAUCAUGGCUGACAUGCUGGUCAACUUUGAUCAAGUCUCUGACUCUUUAAUUGGUACAGCACUUAACGAUAUUGUUCGAUUGAGUUAUGCCAUUCAUCUCAUGCUGGUGUUUCCUGUGAUGAAUUAUUCUCUGAGGGUAAACGUUGAUGAACUAUUCUUUCCUAAAAGACCUUUGUUGGCCACAGACACAUUACGAUUCUUUUCCCUUACGUGUAUUUUACUUGCAUUCAUUUACGGAGGUGCUGUAGCCUUUCCAAAUAUUUGGUACUUCUUUCAGUUCAUGGGAACGACAACAGUCAUGUGCAUCAUGUUCAUAUUCCCGAGCUCAAUAGUUCUUAGGGAUGCUCACAACAUAUGUACAACUCGGGAAAAGAUAUUGGCUGUACUGGUGAUCAUCUUUGCCAUUGGGACUAGUUCAGUUGCCAUAUACUCUAAUAUUGCGACUUAUAUUGCCAACAAAUGAACAACUUUGCUGGGUUGCACUCUCAAAAUCAGUUGAUCGAUGCUAUAAGGUGGUUUAAUUAUGUAUAGAGAUCAGAAGAAGUUCUAAUGAGCAUUGGAAAAU